AUGGCUAGCCAGUUAUGUCUCCCUGAAUCCCUGGGCCCCUUGCCCUUGGAACCCUUGAAGCUGCAAUUCCGAAAUAUGCAAGUGGGCAACUGCGUGGCGAUCCAGCGCAGCGACCGGAGUAUCCACCUCGCUGUGAUCACAGAGAUCAGAAGAGAAAACGCAUGGGUCACAGUGGAGUGGGUUGAAAAGGGAGUUAGAAAAGGCAAGAAGAUCGAUCUGGAGACCAUACUGCUGCUGAAUCCAGCACUGGCCUCCUCUGAACAGCACGCACCGCCCAGGUCAUUGCCUCCCUUGCCCCUGGUGCCUUCUUCAGCCAUCGGGGACCAGCGUAUGGCCAAGCAGUGGACUGCCGCGAGCCCCCAGAAAAACGAAACGCCCACAUGGAACAGCCUGGCUGUGCAGAUACCCAGCAAACCUUGCCUGAUGAAGCCGAAGAAGUCUCCCUGCCUACGGGCGAUUGAGAAACUGCAAAAGCAGCGGGAGAAGCGCCGGCGGCUGCAGCUGGAGAUCCAAGCCCAGUGCGCGCUGGACAUCAACAAGAGAAACCCCAACUACGAGAUUAUGUGCCUGAUCGAAGAGUGCCGCAGGCACCUGAACUGCCGCCAGAUGUCCCGCCCUGAGCUGCGGGAAGACCACCGCAUCUGCGUCUGCGUGAGGAAGCGGCCCCUCAACCAGCGGGAGACCACCAUGAAGGACCUGGAUAUCAUCACCAUCCCCUCGGACAACGUGGUCAUGGUGCAUGAGUCCAAGCAAAAGGUGGACCUCACUCGCUACCUGGAGAACCAGACUUUCUGUUUCGACCAUGCCUUCGAUGACACUGCCUCCAACGAGUUGGUGUACCAGUUUACCGCCCAGCCACUGGUGGAGUCCAUCUUCCACAAGGGCAUGGCCACCUGCUUUGCCUACGGGCAGACGGGCAGUGGGAAAACGCACACCAUGGGCGGGGCCUUUUCAGGAAGAGAUCAAGAUUGUUCUCAAGGCAUUUACGCCCUGGUGGCUCAGGAUGUAUUCCUCCUGCUCAAAGCCUCAGCUUAUGAGCAACUAGACCUCAAAGUCUAUGGCACCUAUUUUGAGAUUUAUAGGGGGAAGGUGUAUGAUUUGCUGAACAGGAAAAAGCAGCUGCAAGUAUUUGAGGAUGGCAAUCAGCAGAUGAAAGUGGUCGGGCUGCAGGAGCAGGAGGUAUGCUGUGUGGAGGACGUGCUGAACCUUGUGGAACUGGGGAAUGGCUGCCGGACCUCUGGGCAGACCUCAGUCAAUGCCCACUCUUCCAGGAGCCACGCCGUGUUCCAGAUCGUCCUCAAGUCAAAAGGGAAACUGCAUGGCAAGUUUUCCCUUGUUGAUUUAGCUGGGAAUGAAAGGGGAGCAGAUACUGCCAAGGCCAACCGACAAAGGCAGCUGGAAGCAGCAGAGAUUAACAAGAGCCUCCUCGCGCUCAAAGAAUGCAUUCGGGCUUUGGGUCAGAACAAGUCUUAUACCCCAUUCAGAGCCAGCAAACUCACACAGGUUCUCCGGGACUCCUUUAUAGGCCAGAAUUCCUCCACUUGUAUGAUUGCUACUAUCUCUCCUGGGAUGGCCUCUUGCGAAAACACCCUCAACACUUUAAGAUAUGCAAAUCGAGUUAAACAGCUACCUCGAGCUUUCAGGCCCCACCAGGAGUCGCCAAGGAUGUUGAAAAAUCACAGAAAUUCAGAAAUGUCCCCUCAGAGGAAUGGAUUUGUUAAAAUGCCUUGUAUACUGAAUGUGGAGGAGAAAGAGACUAAAGAAAUGGAGACAUUAUCUGCUCCAUUAAUGGAGGACACAACGAUUUCAUGGGAAGAAUCAAGCCAAUGGCCAAGGAACAGCUACCUGGAGACAGCUGCUAGGGUGAGCUAUGAUGUUGGUUUUUGCAUUGCCCAGUUAUUGUCCAUUUUGGAUCAGAAAAUAGGUAUUCUGACUGAGAUUCAAAAGAAACUGAAAUUAUUACAAGCUGACCUCCAAAAGAGCAAGUACAGUGAAGCCAGAGACAAGAGAUCAGACCUGAAGUGA